GCCGCGCCGCUGCCCGGUGGUGCCCGCGGCCUCCGCCGCCCGCGGCCGCCAUGCCGCACAGCUUCAAGGCCGGGGACCUGGUGUUCGCCAAGAUGAAGGGGUACCCGCACUGGCCGGCACGGAUCGAUGACAUCGCGGACGGCGCCGUGAAACCCCCCCCGAACAAGUACCCCAUCUUCUUCUUCGGCACCCACGAGACCGCCUUCUUGGGCCCUAAAGAUCUCUUCCCUUAUGAGAAAUACAAAGACAAAUAUGGGAAACCAAACAAGAGGAAAGGCUUCAACGAGGGGCUGUGGGAAAUCCAGAACAACCCCCACGCCAGUUACAGUGCCCCCCCGCCCGCGAGCUCCUCGGACAGCGACGUGCCCGAGAACGACCCCAUGGGGGGAAGCGAUGCUGGGGACGAUGAGGAGGACGCUGCCAUGGCCGGAGUCACCACGGAGAAGAUGGAAAGCGAUGAGGACUCGGACGGAGGCAGCGACCACAGCGGGCUCAAGCGGAAACCGCUGCCUAUGAAGAUGCCAGUGGCAAAACGGCCUCGGAAGUCCUCCAGUGACCUGGAUCAGGGCAGCCCCUCCGGGACGGAAGAGGAGAACUCGGAAUCGUCCUCCGAGUCGGAAAAGAACAGUGACCAGGACUUCACUCCCGAAAAGAAGCCGGUGGCCAGGGCUCCACGGAGGAUGCCGGCGGUGGGGAGGAAGAAGAAGAAAGUGGAGUCCGGCUCCGACUCAGACUCCAAAGCGGACUCGGAUUCGGAGCUGGGGAAUGCGACUGUGAACAUGGCCAAGUCAGACUCCAACUCGGAUUCGGACUCGGAUGUGUCUGUGAAGAAGGCUCCACGGGGCAGGAAGCCAGCUGAGAAACCCCCUCCCAAGCCCCGGGGCAGGAAACCGAAGCCUGAGCGUGUCCCAACCAGCUCCAGCAGCGAGAGUGACAGUGACAGCGACGUGGACCGCAUCAGCGAGUGGAAGAGGAGGGAUGAGGAGCGGCGGCGGGAGCUGGAGGAGAAGAGGAAGAGGGAGCAGGAGGAAGAGAUCCGUCGGCUCCGGGAGCAGGAGAAGGAGGAGAAAGAGAAGAGGAAGGAGAAGGCAGAGAAGAGCGAGGAGGUGCACUCGGACUCAGACAGCAGCGCAGAGGAUGAAGUGGCCAAAAAGGGCCGGAAAGGCCGGGCCAAGGCCCCUUCCUCCUCGGACUCUGAGCUGGAGCUGGAGAAAGAGGUAAAGAAGCCAGCGAAGAAGCAGCCCUCGGAGUUGUCAAGGAAACCGAAUCAGAAGGAGAAGAGGGGCCGAGCAGAGGAGAAGCCACGGAACAAACCCUUGAAAGUGGAACGAGGCCGGAAGAAAUCCGACCUGAUCCCUGAAAGGAGGAUGGAGAAGAAAAAGGAGCCCACAGUGGAAGAGAAACUUCAGAAGCUUCACAGUGAGAUCAAGUUUGCGCUGAAGGUGGAUAACCCGGACAUCAAGCGGUGUCUAAAUGCACUAGAAGAGCUGGGCACACUCCAGGUCACCUCUCACAUCCUCCAGAAGCACACUGACGUGGUGGCUACGCUGAAGAAGAUCCGUCGCUAUAAAGCGAACAAGGACGUGAUGGAGAAAGCUGCUGAGGUCUACACCCGGUUGAAGUCGCGUGUGCUCGGACCAAAGAUGGAGGCGAUCCAGAAAGCCAACAAAGCCGGGCCUGAGAAGGACAAGGGGGAGGCGGAGAAGGGGCAGGAGAAGCUGGCAGGAGGGGAGCCCCGCAAUGAGAAGGGGGACGAGGAGCCGAGUGCCGACUUGUCAGGUCCUGUGAAUGGUGAAUCCCUGUCCCAGAAGGCUGAGGGCACAGAGGAGAAGGACAAAAGCCAAGGGCUGGGAGCCAGCGAGCUGGAGGCAUCCACGGAGGAGCCCCACAACAACAGCGUGCAGGACUACGCCAAGGCCGAGCGAGCCGUGGUGGAGGCUGUGGAGGAUGUGGAGGAGAGCUGAGGAGGAGGAGG